AUGGUGAGUAGUCCGUCAUUGGCACGGAUUGGUUCCAAAGCGCUUUCUUCGGCGCAGGCAGGGGGUGCCGCAGGGACGGCUGUAGACCUUCUGUUUUUCCCAAUAGAUACCAUAAAAACGCGCCUGCAAUCUUCUCAGGGCUUCGUCCGGGCUGGAGGCUUCAAAGGGAUAUAUAAGGGUGUCGGCAGCGUUGUAGUGGGAAGCGCGCCUGGAGCGGCUGCGUUCUUCUCUACUUACGACACUCUCAAACGAACCCUGCCCUUCCCUGAACAUUUAGCACCUGUAAAGCACAUCAUAGCGGCUUCAGCUGGAGAAGUUGCGGCAUGUUUGAUACGUGUACCUACCGAAGUCAUCAAAACCCGCGCUCAGACAUCCACAUAUGGCACUCUCGCACAAGGGUCAUACGCGGCUGCGCGAAUGGUGCUCAAGACGGAUGGGUUGAAGGGUCUAUACAGGGGUUUCGGAACCACCGUGAUGCGGGAGAUCCCUUUUACUUCAAUCCAAUUCCCACUAUACGAAUUCUUCAAAGCCCGCUUGUCGGUAUAUGUUGGCAGAAAACCACUCUUGGCACACGAGGCGGCAGCCUGCGGAAGCAUAGCUGGUGGUAUAGCAGCGGCACUGACAACCCCUUUGGAUGUGCUAAAGACGCGAGUAAUGCUGGAUAUUAGAGUAAGUUCCGUGCGGCUCGACCCUACCAAAGAGAAACUCCCGACGCUUUCAGCACGCUUCAGGCAAAUCUACGUGCAGGAGGGAGUCCGGACGCUCUUUUCUGGUGUUAUCCCUCGUACUCUUUGGAUAUCAGCUGGUGGCGCGGUUUUUCUCGGUGUUUACGAGUGGACAGUCAACGGCUUGAUGUCCUACUCCUGA